GAAGGACAGCAGACAGAUGACGUGGCUAAAUCAGCUGAAGGCUUGGGAAGCGGAAGACGGCCGAGAAGGAAACGUCACAUUUCCAUCAAUCGUUCUUCCACAGCAAAUAAUAACUCAUCAACACUAACGAUGGUCACAGACGUCCAGCUAGCAAUAUUUGCCAACAUGCUUGGCGUGUCGCUGUUCCUGCUUGUGGUGCUAUACCAUUAUGUGGCUGUGAACAACCCCAAGAAGUUAGAAUAACCCCACUGCACAUCCAACUGAUCAUGGGACCAUCACUGCGCGCGACGGCAAGACGGAAUCUUGGUGUGAAUGUUUUUCAGAAAAUGUUGUGAAUAAACUUCAUGUUUUUCUUUA